CGACAACCCGCGGAGAUUUUGUAUCCAGCUAGGCAGACAGACAGAUGUACGGAGGUCUCUGUUCUGUCUUUUGGAUUUAUCGCGGGAUGAGAAUGCGCUAGCUAACCACCACCGUCCAGAGAACUUCUUGAGAUGAUCACAAUAUUGCCGAGAUAAUGCUUGGAACCACCUUGCAGAAAAGCUGCUGGCUGAACUCACCCUGCGUGACAUCAAUGACAAAAUUUAUAGAAGCCUUGUCAAGGGCGAAAUUCCCGGCCUCUUUCACUAGGCACCAAGCAUCCGGUUCACUUCUUGUCUCACGGAUCUCGCUAGCUCGGGGUGCAGCCAGCUAGCUAUGCAGCUAAGUUGCUAGGCUACGACGCUGUUAGAGAUCCCAGCAAGCCUUUUCACAGCUCUGUUAGCCCCUGGGGCUUCACCCGCAAAGCCACAGCAAGCCACAAAGUUGCCGCGAAAGUGACAGCCUGGAGCUCUCGCUUGCAAUUCAACCUUGGAAGACGCCCUUCGUGUUGUCCCUCCUGGGAGCUUAGUUCCCGCUUUCGCGAUGCAAUACGAGUCACCAGAGAAAUGGACAGCACCACACGGCGUUCUGCCAGGCAAUGGGAUCCUGCCUCGGAAUUAUUUGUGAUGACUCCCGUCAUCCAAUAGCUGUUGUGCUGGGCGCAUCCCGGCUCAAGCAGCUUCGAAAGCUUCCUGGAAUGAACAGCGAAUCCUUCGCAAACCCCGCGUUCACAAUGCGCCAUUGAGGUACGGGCUCUGUUCCGCUGUCCAGACCAGGCUGGCAAGAUAAAGACUCGCCAUCUCCCUUUCGUUUUUUCAUGGCCGCCUACUUUCUUGCUAUACCUUGGGUAAAUUUAUAUUUCUAAAUUAUUUUGUGGGCGACUUCGUUCCUGUCUGCCACUUCCUACACAUUGACUUGCUUCCCUUUUAAGUUUUCCAGCUCUUGCAUACUCGCUCCCUCCAAAAUGAAGGUGGAUGUUUCCGAAACCCUCUGGAGGUGGAGAUGCAAGGUGACAGGUGCCGGGCAAAAUGAAAUGUCAAAUCUCACCAUUUCGGGCGUGUCUUCCAAACCUCGAAAGACCCCUGCCUCACCCGAGAAGGAGGUAGAGCAGGGAUCGUCUGCUGUUGUUAAGACACUAUACGAGGGUAAAAAUAGCACCAGUACCUAUUAUGACUGGCAGGACUAUCCACCACGGCAGCAACUGAGCAAAAAAGCUGCCAAGGAUAACGACCGUGUGGCAAUCGUCGUUUACAAAGCCAAGGAUACUUCCAAACCGGUAAUAUCUGGUCGCUUCAGCCUCAAAUACCACGCCAUCGAUAUCCAAAGCCCAAUCCUUGUCUCAGCGCUCAAGGAUAUCCUGAAAGAGGAUGAAAUUUAUCUCGAAGGGAGCGAAGCUGCGAGGUUCGAGGAACCGUUCAGCGCUCUAUAUUUUCGAUCGGACGAGAUUUCUGAGUUGUAUAGGAGCACAGAACAAGAUAGUCCUCUCAAAGUUCAUCUUGAACUCCUGGUGAAAAUCAUGGGAGAUAUGUUUACCCAAACCAAACUCCGUGUGAAACGCUUGCAAGACAGCGGUCUCGUGUCGUGGAGUCUUGCAUGGGCCUACUUUCCGAAGGGUGCCUACGUGUACAGUUGGGAAAACAAUCGCGAAGUUCUAACAAAAGUUGUGGAAACGAGGUACGAAAAGGGAGGGUUAGUGCGGGCGCUUUUCAUCAAGUGCAAGAUUAUAGUCUUCGAUGGCGAGAAUUUUAUCUGGGAAGAUGUGACUUUGGAUCUUCCCAUUUUCACUGGAAAUAUGCCCAUUACCGAUCUUCCUCAUUACCCCAUGCGGUUCCAUGAAAAACCAGAUGCCGUCAUUGCCAGGCUGAAGGCUAGAGCUACAGGCGUUCUUGACCUACAAGCCCUUCGUUACAAGACUUACACGGACAUUGCUUUGGAUUGCAAAGGGAGAAGGCACAAUGUUGAUAGUAGAAUCCUUGUCGACACUAGGGGAUUCAAGAAGUAUGAAUUAAAAGAGCCUACUAAAGAAACGAAAGACCCUGAGUAUCGAAAGAAGCUAGUACUAAAACCUGCCUCCACGCCCCUCGAAGAUGUGGAUCAUAAUGAUCCCGCCUCUAGCCAAGGGACGCUCCACGAGAGUGCCUCGUCAUCCACCACCACCAAAGUAUAUCUUUCAGAGGAAGAACAGCACAAGAACAAGGAGGGAAUGCUCAAAAUUGGUGAUGACUUGGCUCUCCUGCAGCAUAUAGUUCACGGAUACGCGUUGAGAAACAAAAAAUGGUUGAUGUUUUACGUUGACGAGCUCAAACCUGUGGAAUGGAACGACGAAGCUUACGGCCAUCUGGUGUACGACCAACAACAGAAGGAUCUGGUUCUAUCUUUUGUUGAGAAUCACCAUGGCACACAACGCCAGCAUGAUGACGUUAUCGCAGGGAAAGGCCAGGGGCUGAAUAUUCUCCUGAGCGGCCCUCCUGGCACUGGGAAAACGUUGACCGCGGAGGCUGUUGCCGACAGAUGCCGCCGGCCCCUCUUCUAUCUCCAAGCUGAGGACUUGGGAAUCAUGGCCAGUGAGCUUGGCGAGAACAUUAAGCGAGUCUUCGAAAUGGCAAUCGACUGGGACGCCGUAAUUCUACUCGACGAAGCCGACGUGUUCAUGUCCGAGCGCCACCCCAAUGACAUCGCCCGCAACGAACUCGUCUCGAUCUUCCUGCGCGAAAUCGAAUAUUAUAGAGGCAUCAUUUUCCUGACGACCAAUCUGUACGAAACCAUCGACCUUGCCUUCCGAUCACGCCUCAAUCUGCACCUUCUAUUCAGCCCCCUCACGCCAGAAACGCGCGAGGUCGUUUGGCGGAAAUUUCUGGAAAGGAUGCCGCCCAUGGCGCCGCGCCCUGCUGAAGUAGAAUCAGAAGCAGGUGGGGAGCAAGAAGUAAGAAGCGCAAUGAAAGAUAUUACGGGCGAAGAUUUGAAGGAGUUGUCCAUGUGGCAGCUGAAUGGGAGAGAGAUCAAGAAUGCGGCGAAGAUGGCUAAGUCCUGGUGCGAUUAUAAGGGGUAUGACAUGACGCUGUCACGGAUUGAGAGCGGGAUUAAGGUUACGGCUCCGCAUAGUUUGAAGCGGGAUCAUACGAAGCCGAGAGAAUUGUAUGAUUAGAGAGAGAGAGAGAGAGAGAGAGAGAGAGAGAGAGAGCGUGUGUGUGUGUUUUGCGGGACUGGAUGAUAGGCUAACUGGGGGUACUGUUUCGCUCUCUUUCGCGUGCUUUCUUUUUGAUUCUCCUUGUAUAUCUCUCCGAGUUGAAGAAGUUAAUCGAUACCUGUCGUCUAAUUCCAAGAGGAUUUUCUUUCCAUCUAUUAAUCUCCCUAGUACAGAAUGAGUUGUCAUAUGCAGCUAUUUUCCACCACCCACAAAAAUCAUUGGCUCAGUUGAUAAUGCCACAUCAAACAUGCUUGUAGUAGAUGUUUCUGAUAUACAAUAUCCCCAUCCCACCGGGAUCUACAUCAGCACUUUGUAACUUAA